GUGGUCCGCGACAGCCGCGUGCGGCAAAUCGAUUACCCAAAAUCGUUCCUAGCGCCCGUCUCCCAAGUAUAUUUCUUGUCUGACUUCAUUCUUGUAGGGGGGAUCAUUAAUCAUGUUGCUUUGUGUUGCUCAAGUGAGUCCCUUCUGUGCAUUGCAAAUCCAUCGGUCCUUGAAAAGCAACUUUUUCCUUUCAUAUUGGGCCAAAUAUCAAAUAAUCAGCUGAUUUUUCAGAUCAUUUGUCCAAUGCUUUUGAUGAAUCUACCGCUGAGCUUGAUGUAUUUUAUGUUUUUCACUGGACUUGAGAGUCCAGUUUUUUUGAAUUAUUUUUCUGGUGUCGCCAUGGCAUUGUAUCCGUUAGUAACACCAAUUAUCACAAUUUUAUUCGUAAAGGACUAUCGAAGACAAUGUCUUGUUACCCUACACGUUAUCGACAAACCAACUGCAUCCGUUUUACCUGUGACUACCACUUUCAAGACUAUGUCUACUGCUAUUAAUUCCUUCACCAAGCAUUCGAAGUAA